AUGGAGUACUCUCAUUACUCCAAUGCAGACCGCUUGACCAUCGAAGCAGAGGCCCCUGCAGCCGUUUGCAUGAAAAAUCUUCCCAACUGGAUGCCCGCCAUCAAUGAAAUUCGCACCUGGCCAGAGUACAUCCGACAACCCUUGCGCGCUCUCCCAAAACUCGCACACAAACUCGGAGUCCAGGAAAUCUUUGUCAAGGAUGAGAGCAGACGAUUUGGGACCUCACUUGGCUCCUUCAAGGCCCUUGGCUCCUUCAAGGCCCUUGGCUCCUUCAAGGCCCUUGGCUCCUUCAAGGCCCUUGGUGCGCCCUAUUCAAUCUACAAAAUCUUGGCGGAGGAAGUGCACGCGAAGAAGGGAGUCUGGCCCACAGCAGCCGAGCUUCGCACUGACAAGCAUCACGACAUUACACAGAACAUCACUGUCUGCGUCGCAACAGACGGUAACCAAGGUCGUGGAUUAGCAUACGGUGCUAAGAUCUUUGGUUGUCGCUGCGUCGACUACAUCCAUAAUCACGUUAGUGACGGCCGCGCCAAGUCUAUGAUGGACUUGGGUGCGAUUGUGAUUCGCAUUGACGGCGAAUACGAGGCUUCGGUUGGCAGGGCUAAGGAGGAUGCUCGCAUGAAUGGCUGGUAUUUCGUUAGCAGCACCUCCUGGUCUGACUUCGACAACGACGUCCCUCAGCACGUCAUGAACGCCUAUAUGGUCGUCCUCGAGGAGGCAAUCGAGUUAAUCCCUCAACUCGACCAGAUCAGCCACGUCUUUGUAUGUGGUGGCGUGGGUAGUAUCGCUGCUGCCAUUUUCCAGGGCUUCUAUACUCAUCUUCGUGAGGAUCAAGAUGCACCUGCUCGUGUGCCUCGUUUUGUUGUUGUUGAACCGUCCGAGGCAGACUGUCUUCUGCAGAGCGCGAAGAAUGGUGCGGCUUGUCAGUCUGAAGGUACGCUCCGAACAUUGAUGGCUGGUCUGGCCUGUCGUGCACCUUCUCCCGCCGCCUGGAAGCUCCUCACCUGGCUGACUAGUGACUUCAUUGCUGUUCCCGAUUCCGUUGCGGUUGAUGGCAUGAAAGCGUUGGCGAAAGGGGACGAGGGUGAUAUCCCCGUGGUGUGUGGUGAAUCAUCAGCUGCCAGCUUAGGCGUCAUGCUUGGAUCUGGCUCCGACCCGAACCUUCGUCAGAAACUGGGACUGGAUGGUAAUAGCCAGGUCGUCAUAUUCGGCCUGGAGGGCGCAACAGACCCAGAGAUCUAUGAGUCUUUGGUGGGCAAAUCACCUACUGCCGUCUUUGAAGCUCAAGAUCGCUUCGUUGCCAAGAAUCAACAAUGA